GGGCGCCAGGCGGGCCGCGGCCCCCGAGCCGCGUUAUGGCCGCCGCCCGGGUGCUGCUUCUCCUGUCCGGGCGCCCAGUGUCGCCGAGCUUCGUGCAGAGUGUGUGUCGCCUCCUGGGCGCCGGGCCAGGGCUCGGGCCGUGGGCCACGCUCUGCGGCUUGAAGCGAGGACGACUCGUCCUCUCGGACGGGCCAUCCCCAGGCGCUUCGACCAGGCUUCCGCUCCAGGACGACCCCUUCUGCCCUUUUGUGGCAUUGGAUCAGCAGCUCAAGGCUCCAGGGGCUGAGCUGCCCAGGAAUCGAGGUGUGGAUCUGGGUGUGGCCAUCAUUCUGCAGUCCAGCGACCAGACUGUCUUGUUAACCCGAAGGACACGCACCCUCAGCGUUUCUCCCAACCUCUGGGUACCCCCAGGUGGGCAUGUGGAACUUGAUGAAGAGCUGUUGGACGGAGGGCUUCGAGAGCUUUGGGAGGAGAGUGGACUACAGCUGCCCCAGGGCCAGUUCUCUUGGGUCCCUCUGGGGUUAUGGGAGUCUGCCUACCCUCCUAGGCUGAGCUGGGGUCUCCCCAAAUACCAUCACAUCAUUCUCUAUCUACUCGUGGUCUCCCAGGAGUCACAGCAGCAGCUGCAGGCCCGGAUCCAACCAAACCGAAGUGAGGUGAGCGCCUUUAUGUGGCUGGGACCAGAUGUAGCAGCUGCAGUGGCUGCCACAGAGGAUGGGACAGAGACACCCAGACAUCUCCCCCAGGAGCUACCACCCUCCGUCCUCACAGUAGAACUAGCGGAGGAGGGAGGAGCUCGACCUCUGGCCUUGCCUGUGUCCACACUGCUGCGGACGACCCCAACCACAGCUGAAGGCAAAGAGAGGGUCAGCUCUGGGACCAAGUUUGCCCUCAGGCUCUGGCUGCAACAUCUGGGCAGAGGGACACCCCUACCAUGUGACAGUGGGCCCAGGGCCUGCAAGGAAGAACAGAACAUGGGCCCCCUCCCCCCAGACCAGGGCUCUGGAAAGGGAAGUGCAUAAUCCUCUCCCCAGCCCACCUCCAAGACACUCAGACAUUCACAACCUUUAUUAUGGGUAAGAACUUUGCUACAACUUUGAGAACAAAAAGUAAAAUUACAACAUAGGUCCUAGGCCCUGGAGGAGCCUGAAAAAGGAGAAUGGGGAGAGCAUGAGGUCCUCCCACCUCCCAGAAAAGGUGCAGAAUGAGCCAGACCUAACCAUGGGGCCAUGGGCCUUUCAAAGCUCAUGCCCCAAGCUGGUCAGUGUAUGAAACAUUGUGAACUUAAAUAUAUAAAUAGAGAGAGACCCAGGCAAUAGGCCAGGCCCUGCUCCCAAACCCCUGGGGAUCAGGGCUAAGGCCUGAUCUCCUCCUCAGUCGUACUGGGAAGUAGGAAGCAGGGGAAAUCAUCUUUGGAGUAUUUUGGUUUUUCUUGUUUAUGUACAAAAAAAUCUGCAACCCAAAAUAGAGUUCUCUGUCCAUAUGUCUGCUUGUCUCAGCUUCUCCACCUGUCUGUUUGGCCAAAGAGAACGGAAUGGACAUGAAGAGACAAUGGAUGUGGGGAAAGUACAGAACCACAGAUUUGGGGAAGAGAGGGCAUCUAGGGGACAAGAAAAAGGCCCUUUCCCCAAUGAGGCUCUAGCCAAUUCAGCCCUUCCCCCAACUGACACCCCAUCCCAUGUGCCUCCCACUGCCUAGGUUAACAUACCCAAAGGAAUGUGCCAGCCAUCUAAAGAACAUUUCCAAAAAUAGAACACAAAUGUCCUUAAAAAGAGGUUAAAUAUUAACCCUUUGGGUGCUGGCCUUAUUAGGCAGAGAGAAGGCCAAAAACAGGUAUCCAUGAAGGUCUUUCUGACCUUUGGCCAAAGCCCCCUGAGGGGUCAGAGUGGCCAGGAGUCUGGACUCCACAGCAUACUUGCUCAGUGUUGGGAGGCAGGGAAGUUUCCAUCAUCCAGGGGACUCAGUCCAGGGAAAUGAUGUCUGACCGGCAGCCAGUCAAAGAGGGACCUGAGGACAGGGGUCCUCCAGGCCCCUCCCUCAAGGCCCCCCCAGGGGCCACAAUGCUACUGACCCGGCCAGGAGGGGGUGCUGGAGUGGUGCUGCGGUGAGAGCUCCCCAAUGUGGGGGCCAGUGGGCCCAGGAAGUGGGAAGGGGUCCCUCGGUACUGGAAGAAGUGGCCAAGGGCAUCCUGUUCAUCUAGCGAGGUGAUGACGGAGGGACCAUAGUGCUGGGAGGAAUCAAGGGCACAGUUAAAGAUUUUCUCCUGACUUCACCCGCAUCCCAGUCACUCAUCUCAGAAAUAUCCUGGGAUAAAUCAAACCCUCUGGAUCCCCAGAUAUCCUCGAAGAAGCAGGAAAUACUCUCUUUCUUUCCCCUACUUCCCCACCCCACCCUUACCCUACCCCUAUUCCCUGCCUUGAGACAGCCCCUCCAGCUUGCUAGGUUCUUGGCCUUGUGGGUGUCUGAAAUGCAUGGAAUGUCCGGCUAGGGCAGGCACAGCGCUCAAGUGCACAUGGGUGUGGGGGGCGGGGGACAGCAGUCAGGGGCAGAAUUCUAAAAACUCGAGACAGAACAGUAACAGGAGAUCAAAGAAGACAUUGGUGAGAAUCUGAAGAAGAACUGCCCACACCCUCUGUACCCCCAGCCCCUGCCUUCCCUCACAGAGAAGCAGAUUUAGGUCUCAGGGGGAAAUGAGUGGUGCAGGAGGGGGGCGGGCAUCAGUGCCUAGAAAGGAAGCUUCAGAGAUCGGAUAGCUUCAUAGAAGGGACCACUUACCUGACCCUCAGUCUGGAGGAAAGAAAAUAAAUCUAAACCUGGUAAGAAAAGAAAAAUCAAAAUCACUCUCCUGUCUGACCCCUUCAUGGCCAAAAAACCCCAAAGAAGUCCCUCGGAUUAUAGCCUUCGCAGGAGAGCCAGAAGGCUUUGAAAAGGAACGGGGUUCUGAUCUGGUCUGCGGGCAGAUGUGGCAGGAACAGCCCAACCUUGUGAUCAGUGUCCUACCUUGGAUAUCGGCCCCCAGUGGGAAAGCAGGUGGGUACUCGUGCAGUGGGAGACUGGACAGGAAAUCCCCGCCCAGCGUGCCCAUAGCAGGGCUCCGUAGCACCAAAGACGGCUGGUGACCAGAUGUCAGGACUCUGUGAGGAGAGAGGAGGAGCUGGGGCAACCAGCGAACCACAGAUGCCCUCACCCAGCUCAGCCUCCUGAGUCCCCUCUCCGCCCCAGAGUUUGUCCAGUGGUCAGAAAGCAUUCCUGACUUCUUCCUCUGCCCCUUCUGCCGUGGACUCAGCUUAUUUCCUCAUACCCUUUGCUUCCAGGUAGAGCCGGGAUGGCAGCUGAGGUGACAGGACAGUGCUUUUUGGUCGGGGGCAGGUCCUCCUCAUCUGAUGAACUCUCUAUUGUCAAGUCAAUAACUUCAACCUUCUUCUUAUUCUCUGAUGGAUUGCCCUCUUGGACUGGGCUGUACUGGAGGCCUGCGGGUGGUAAGAGGACUACGUCUCAGAGACAAGGCCAUCCGAGACAUAGUUCAGCUGGGGGACAAGGGGUCACUCACCAUCCAGCCCAUACCCUGGCGGGGGGCAAACCUCAGAUGCCUCCUUCUUGGGUUUCAUUGGGCACCAGGAUCCAUCUUCCAUGAACUGGAUCUCAUCACAAUCCGAGCAGGAAUUAAGUAUCUCCAUGAAUAAGCUGGGGGAAGGGGAGAGAUGGGAAUUCAUGGGGCUGGGAGAUGGCUGGGAACAGUAGCCGGCAGUUCUGGGACUCACCUUCCUGAACCUCAGUUUCCUUGUCUGUAAAAUAGGGACAUUAUUCACUCUACUCAACUUUCUUGAGUUGUCGGAAUCAAAUAAAGUAAGGUA